AUGGUCAUGGACGUCGCUCGUACGUCCAUGAUGCAUGCGGCUGCUCCCCAUUUUCUGUGGCCGUUUGCGGUCAGGUACGCUGCGCACCAGAUCAACCUCCACCCCAGGGUCUCUCGACCGGAGACCUCCCCAGCCCUGCUGUGGACGGGGAAGGUUGGCGAUGCGUCGGCGUUCCGGGUCUGGGGAUCUCGGGCGUUUGUUCGCGACCUGUCUGCGGACAAGCUGUCCCCUCGUGCUUCUCCCUGCGUCUUCCUGGGGUUCCCCCCCGACGCCCCUGGGUGGCAGUUUUACCACCCCACCUCUCGACGUGUUCUGUCCUCCCAGGACGUCACGUUCGACGAGUCGGUACCCUACUACCGCCUCUUCCCCUACCGCUCUCCGUCCCUCCCCCCACCCCCGCUCUUCUUGGUAGCCGCGGUUGAGCCUGUCGAGGUCACUGGUGACUCUGGUGCUGCUGCGGGAGCUGAGCCUGGGGGUGCGGAGUCUGGGGGUGCUGGGCCUGGGGGUGCUGUGUCUGGGGGUACUGAGCCUGGGGGUGCUGAGCCUGGGGGUGCUGAGCCUGGAGGUGCCGAGCCUGGAGGUGCUGUGCCUGGGGGUGCUUCGUCUCGCCGGGAGCCGCUCUCUCCACAGGAGCUGCGUGAGUGGUUUGCCCGGCGCUGGAGGCGUGCCGCUGGUGCUGGUGGUUCUUCGGCUGCGGAGGGCGCUGCUGCCACGCGACCUGGCGGUGCUCGUCCUGUGGGUGCUGGAGCUGCUGGGUCUGAGGGUUCUCCUGGAGCUGGUCCUGCUGAGGACGUUGGCGCUGAGCCUGCGGUUGGUGGUCCGACUGACGGUGCUCCUGGUGCUGCUGCUGGAGGUUCUGGAGCUUCUGGUGGUUCUACUGGAGGUGCUGCUGGACUGAGUACUCCGGCCGGUGCUGCUGGUUCUGUUCCUGCUGUUUCUGGCGUCGCCGCGCGGUCUCGACCGUACUUCGUUCCGCUCCUGGAGCAGGUUCUUGGUCUUGCUCCUCCUCCUCCUCCCUUGGAGGGUCCGCACCCUGUCCGGUCACCGCCACAGCUAGAGCCUGCCUCCCCUUUGCCUGCUCCUUCUCCCUACGCUGGUCCGACUGGAGGCCUUACUGAGCGUCGUGAGCCUGCGUCUCGUCCUGCGUCGCCUGUUCGUACUGAGCGCGCUAGUGGUCGCGGGUCGCGUCAGCGUCCUCCUCCUGUCCCUGGCACGCACCGGAUGUCACUGCGUCCGUCCACUGCUCCUCUGCGUGCCCCUUUGCCUUCUCCUCCUGCUUCCUCUCUUCCUGCUCUUGCCGACCCGGAGUCGGACUCUCUUCGUGCUGCCAGUCCUACUGUCACGCGUCUCCUUGCUACUGCUGUCACUGACCCUUCCUUCGAGUCGUCUGCUGCGUCUGCCCUUGUCACUGAGCUUGUCGACUUUGCUGCGCGCUGUCGUCUAGACUACGCUGCUCGUCUUGUCGCUGAGUCAGAGUCCGCCUGUCCUCCGUCCGUCGGGGGUGAGUGUGCCCUUGGCACGGACGUCCUAGAGGACAGGCAGGAGGAGUUCCAGUGUCUAGCCGCUGCUUCACCUCGUCUCGCGUCUGUACUGCUAGCCCCUGAGGGAGACCCGGAUGCACUAGACAUCCCGACUCCGCGUUCUUACGCGGAGGCCGUAGAGGGUCCCUACUCCUCUCAGUGGCAGGCAGCUAUGGAUGCAGAGAUGGCUUCCUGGAAGUCCACAGGCACCUACGUUGACGCGGUUCCCCCUCCUGGGGCGAACAUCGUCAGUGGCAUGUGGAUCUUCAGGGUGAAGCGGCCGCCGGGCUCGCCGCCUGUCUUCAAGGCGCGUUACGUGGCUCGUGGCUUCAGUCAGCGGCAGGGAGUUGACUACUUUCAGACCUUCUCUCCCACCCCGAAGAUGACCACUCUUCGGGUGCUGCUGCACAUUGCCGCUCAGCGCGACUACGAGCUUCACUCUCUCGACUUCAGCACUGCGUUCCUGCAGGGUAGCCUGCACGAGGAGAUCUGGCUGCGCCGUCCGCCUGGCUUCACUGGGACUUUCCCUUCUGGCACCCAGUGGAGCCUCCGACGGCCAGUCUACGGUCUCCGCCAGGCACCGCGUGAGUGGCACGACACACUGAGGACUACGCUUGCGGCUCUUGGGUUUGCUCCUUCUACUGCUGACCCGUCGCUGUUUCUUCGCACCGACACUUCCCUGCCGCCGUUCUACAUCCUCGUGUACGUCGACGACUUGGUCUUUGCCACAGCGGACACUGCUGGACUCGCCUACGUGAAGUCCGAGCUGCUGAAGAGACACACGUGCACAGACCUGGGUGAACUGCGCAGCUACCUUGGCUUGCAGAUCACUCGGGACAGAGCACGCCGCACCAUUACCCUGACUCAGUCACACAUGGUGCAGCAGGUCCUUCAGCGCUUCGGCUUCACGUACUCCUCGCCUCAGGCCACUCCUCUGCCUACUCGCCACUCACUCUCAGCUCUGCCUUCGGAUGAGUCCGUAGAGUCGAGUGGUCCGUAUGCAGAGCUUGUUGGCUGCCUCAUGUACCUGAUGACCUGCACACGACCUGACCUUGCAUACCCUCUGAGCAUCCUUGCACGCUAUGUUGCUCCUGGGAGACACCGACCAGAGCACAUGGCUGCAGCGAAGAGGGUAUUGCGCUACCUGUGCAGUACGUCGGGCAUGGGGCUAGUGCUUGGAGGGCGGAGUCCAGUGGUCCUUACUGGGCACGCAGACGCUUCUUGGGCUGACGACCAGGCUACGCAGCGGUCGUCACAGGGUUACACCUUCAGCCUUGGUUCCGGCUCUGUCUCGUGGCGGUCUACUCGCUCGUCUUCGGUUCUCGGCUCCAGCUGUGAGGCUGAGAUCUACGCCGGGGCCAUGGCUGCACAGGAGCUUCGCUGGCUCACCUACCUGCUGACUGACCUUGGAGAGCUGCCUCGUUCUCCUCCAGUGCUGUACGUAGACAACAAGGCCAUGUUGGCCUUGUGUCGAGAGCAGCGCUUGGAGCACAGAACGAAGCACAUUGCUCUCCGCUACUUCCUUGCUCGUGAGCUGCAGCAGCGUGGUCAGUUGCGACUUGCUUACGUGGCCUCUGAGGCCAACACUGCUGAUGUGUUCACCAAGGCACUUGCGCCUUGCGACCAUCAGCGCUUUUGUACCCAGCUGGGUCUUGUACCUGUCUUGCCUCACUUGCUCUCUUCUUAA